GAAGACAUGAUCACUAGCAGCAGUGUUUAUGGCUUAAAGAUGCAGUGGACCCCAGAGCACGCCCAGUGGGCGGAACAGCACUUUGACAUCUCCUCCACUACCCGCUCUCCAGCGCACAAGGCCGAGGCCUACCGGGGCCACCUGCAGCGCACCUACCAGUACGCCUGGGCCAACGACGACAUCUCGGCCCUCACCGCCUCCAACCUCCUCAAGAAGUACGCAGAGAAGUACUCGGGCAUCCUGGAGGCGCCGCCCGGCGAGAGGGGCCUGCUCUGCACCUACGCCGCCGACGGACCCGCCCCCGCCGCCCUGCUCAACGGCCGCAAAUCGGAGGCGGACUGGCAGGACGGCAUCUACCCCAUGAGCUGCGCGGCCGACGUCAUCGCGGCCAGCAAGGCCGGCGUCACGGUCGAAGCCGCGGCCAGCGUGGGGAGCUCGGCAGGGUCGGUCACCGGCGGCAGCCUAGAGCCCAGCUACUCCAGCAGCAACUGCGGCGGUGGAGGGGCUGGCGGACACGCGGGACAGGACUUUGCCGCCGGGUACAACGGCGCCGCGUACCUGCACUCCAGCUACAGCGGGCAGAGCACCCCCGGCCUGCCCUCGCCGCACCCCUCGCCCCUGCACAGCGCCGGGCUCCUCCAGCCGCCUCCUCCGCCACCGCCUCCUCCCCCGCCCACGCUAGUGCCCAGCUACAACGCGGGCUCCCCCAACCUGUCUGGCUACAGCUACGCCACAGCGGGCUACCCUCCGCAGACUCCCGUGGCAGGCUACAGUCCGGGCGGAGGGGCCCCGCCUCCUCCCCCGGCCGCGUACCUGCCGUCAGGCAUCGCCGCCCCCACCCCUCUGCCCCCCUCCACUUUGCCCGGCUACACGUACCAGAGCCACAGCCACGCGCCCAUCGCCCCCACCCCGCUCAACGGCAGCUCGGCCAACUCUCUGAAGAGGAAGGCGUUCUACAUGACGGGCCAGGGUGACAUGGACACCUCGUAUGGAAAUUUCAGCUACAGCCAGCAGCAGCAGCAGCAGCAGCAGCAGCGCUCCACCCAGAGCCCCAUGUACCGAAUGCCCGACAGCAGCAUCGCUGACUCAAGCAGAGGCAACGGAUUUGACAGAAACGCUGAGGCCUCAUCUUUGGCGUUUAAGCCCACCAAGCAGCAGCAGCAGCAGUCCAUGUCCUCCGAUCAGCAGCAGCAGCGGAAGUUCAGCGGGCAGUCGGCUGGCUCGCGGGCGCUCACCCCGCCCUCCUCCGGCUACGGUUCCGGGGGCAAAUCGUUCGGCUCGGGCGGCAAAUUUGCCGACGAGCACCGGCAGCAGCACCCGGAAGAGCAGCUGAAGAACAGCGACGCCAGCCUGGUGGAGCUGGUGACCAGCGAGGUGCUGCAGCAGGGCAUGCCGCCCGUGGACUGGAGCGACAUCGCGGGGCUGGACAUGGCCAAGGCCACCCUGAAGGACGAGGUGCUGUGGCCCCUGCUGCGGCCGGACAUGUUCAGCGGGCUGGGCGCCGGGCCGCUUCCCCGCACCGUGCUGCUGUUCGGGCCGCAGGGCAGCGGGCGGACGCUGCUGGCGCGCUGCGUGGCCAGCCAGAUGGGCGCCGCCUUCCUGCACCUGAGCGGCCAGGCGCUGGCCUCCAAGUGGGCGGCCGAGGGCGACAAGCUGGUGCAGGCCUCCUUCCUGGUGGCACGCUGCCGACAGCCGGCCGUGCUCUUCAUCUCCGAGGUGGAGCUGCUGCUGUCGUCGUCGGGAGGGCUGGCGGAGGACAGCCCCGUGCAGCGCGUGAGGAGCGAGCUGCUGCUGCAGCUGGACGGCCUGCUGGCGGCCGCGCCCGAUGAGCAGGUGCUGGUGGUGUGCUCCACCUCCAAGCCGGAGGAGAUCGACGAGCCCCUGCGCAGGUACUUCAUGCGGCGGCUCCUGGUGCCGCUGCCCGACCCAGGCGCGCGGCACCAGAUCAUCAGCCAGCUGCUGUCGCAGCACAGCUACUGCCUGAGCGACAAGGAGGUGGGGCUGCUGGUGCAGCGGACUGAGGGCUUCUCUGGGCUGGACGUGGCGCGGCUGUGUCAGGAGGCCGUCAUCGGGCAGCUGCAGCAGCAGCACGGCAUGGCCGGCUCGGACUUCCAGCAGGUGAGGCCUGUCUCCUACCAGGACUUUGACACCGUCUUUUGCAAAAUCCAGCCCAGCAUAUCGCAGAAAGAACUCGACACGUACACUGAAUGGAAUAAAAUGUUUGGCUGUUGUCAAUGAGGAACAGCGCAAAACAACAAACUGAACACAAACACAAACAGACAAAACACAUGUUGACACAAAAAGGCAAGCCUUUUAGAAAG